CUCAACGCAGUCAGCAGACCAGCAGACACCACCAACAUGAAUGCUGUGCUAGAAUUCUUUGUCACGUUAUUUUAUGUAAUAUACUAUUGGUUAGAAGCCAUAGUGUUAACAUUUAUACCAGCAGGACUCAGAGGCAAAAGUGUAGCGGGCGAAACUGUGCUUGUUACUGGAGCAGGAAGUGGAAUAGGACGGUUACUAUCAAAGAGAUUUGCGGAGCUAGGUAGCAGGCUUGUGUUGUGGGACAUCAACCAGGCUGGGAAUGAGGAGACUGCAGAGCAGGUCAAGGCCAUUGGUGCCACAGUUAAGACAUACACUGUAGAUCUCAGUAGCCGAGAUGCAAUCUACAAGGCUGCACAGCAGGUGAAGAAGGAUGUUGGGGAGGUUGACAUACUCGUUAACAAUGCAGGCAUUGUCACAGGGAAAAAGUUUUUGGACUGUCCUGAUCACAUGAUUCAAAAAACCUUUGAAGUCAACACAAUUGCACAUUUCUGGACUUGUAAAGCCUUUCUCCCAGGAAUGAUGGAACGUAAUCAUGGACACAUUGUGAACAUCGCCAGCUCUGCAGGUCUGAUUGGUGUAAACGGACUCGCUGACUACUGUGCCAGUAAGUUUGGAGCUGUAGGAUUUGAUGAGUCACUACGCUUGGAGCUCAGCAUGCAGGGUAAAAAUGGAGUUCACACCACAGUUGUCUGCCCUUACUUCAUCUCAACUGGAAUGUUUGAAGGAGCUAAAACAAGGUUUCCUGCCAUUUUGCCAAUUCUAAAGCCAGAAGAAGUUGCCCUCCGUAUUGUUGAUGCAGUUUUAUGCAACCAACACAUCAUAAUGAUACCUAGAAUUAUCUAUCUUUUUGUUUUACUUAAAGGGAUUCUACCUGCUAAAUGCUGUGAAGUUGGAUUAACGUAUUUUGGUGGUUCUAAUUUCAUGGACACUUUUAGAGGAAGAAACCUGAGUUAGAUUUUGUGUGAUUAGAGAGUUUUCCCAACAAAAGUUUCUGCACUUCUUUCUGAAUAUUUUGGAGCCUCUAACUCUAUGGAUGAAUUCAAAGGGCGAGCUGCCAGAAAACUGGACUAAAUCCAAUGUUAUCAUCACAUUUGUUUGUUUGAUUUUGUGAUUUUAAAGACAAUACCAAUAUAACAUGUGAUAAAUUGAUUGAUGAGUAAUAAACAUGUAAUCAAUAGGAAUGAAAAACACAGUGUGAUGUCUUUGUCAUACAGUUUAUAUAAUUUGACAUCACAUGAAAUGAAGAGAAAAAUUGUACAAGCAGGACAUCUUUAAGGAAAAUUUAUCUGAAUAUUUAUGUUCCUGAACUAUUAAUGCUAGUCAUCAAUAUUUGUAGAAAUACCAUUUUGUACUUGAAUUGAGGAUAGUGCAUUUGAUGUGUUCUUUAUAUCUGUGAUUUUUGAAAGUCAUAAAUAAUAAGGCAUUGGAAUAAAUGAAUUUGUGUGAUAUGAUUGGAUCAAGUAUAUGUGAUCUUGAAGAAUGAUUAUUAUUUCUAUUGAUUACCGGUAUUAUGAGUGAAAUCAUGUAGUAUACUAGUAUUCAUAUUAGUUAUACAUUAAUGUUUGUCUUGUAACUACAGAUAUUAACUAGUACUAAGUCUUAUACAUGUAAUGGAAAUGGCUAAAAGUUUCUAUUUUGAAGGGAAUAAAAGUAAAUACUGAA